AUGGCUCUUCGAACUCUCUCCGCCAAAAGUGCAGCCGCGCUUGACCAAGAGCUCAUGUCAUCGGGCGCGUUUUCCAUCGAUCAGUUGAUGGAGCUCGCAGGUCUUUCUGUUUCCCAAGCAGUCUUCAAAUUACAACCCCUCAGCAAAGGCAAGCGCAUCCUCAUAGCAUGUGGUCCCGGCAACAACGGCGGCGACGGACUAGUCGCAGCCCGUCAUCUGUUCCACUACGGCUACCAACCUACAAUCUACUACCCAAAGCAGAGCAAGAAUGAGCUUUAUCAGCGCCUCAAGAAACAACUCGAAGACCUCAAAGUGCCAUUCACAGAAGACUUCACGUCCGCACUCAAGCAAACCGACCACAUCGUCGACGCAAUCUUCGGCUUCAGUUUCUCCGGCGAAGUGCGCGAGCCGUUCCCCAAAGUCAUCGAAGCUCUAGCAUCUACUUCUGUCCCUGUUCUCGCCGUCGAUGCACCUUCAUCAUGGGAUAUCGAGAACGGACCUCAAGAUUCUGGGCCUGGCAAGGGCUUCAUGCCACCAGCUCUCAUUAGUUUGACUGCACCUAAGCCGCUGGUCAAGAAGUUUACUGGGAGGCAUUUCCUUGGUGGCAGGUUCUUGAGCCCGGAGAUGGCGGAUAAGUUUAAUCUUGAUAUUCCAAAGUAUGAGGGCUUGGAUCAGGUGGUUGAGGUGCCGGUUGAGGGUGAGAAGCUGUAA